ACACUCGUAAGAGAUGAGGCCAGCCGCCCUGCAGUGCCAUGCGGAAAGAGAGGACGUGGAAAAGGAAAAGGAGGGGGAAAAGGAAGAGGAGGGGGAAAAGGAAGAGGAGGGGGAAAAGGAAGAGGAGGGGGAAAAGGAAGAGGAGGGGGAAAAGGAAGAGGAAGGGGAAAAGGAAGAGGAGGGGGAAAAGGAAGAGGAGGGGGAAAAGGAAGAGGAGGGGGAAAAGGAAGAGGAGGCGGAAAAGGAAGAGGAGGGGGAAAAGGAAGAGGAGGGGGAAAAGGAAGAGGAGGGGGAAAAGGAAGAGGAAGGGGAAAAGGAAGAGGAGGGGGAAAAGGAAGAGGAGGGGGAAAAGGAAGAGGAGGGGGAAAAGGAAGAGGAGGGGGAAAAGGAAGAGGAGGGGGAAAAGGAAGAGGAGGGGGAAAAGGAAGAGGAGGGGGAAAAGGAAGAGGAGGGGGAAAAGGAAGAGGAGGGGGAAAAGGAAGAGGAGGGGGAAAAGGAAGAGGAGGGGGAAAAGGAAGAGGAGGGGGAAAAGGAAGAGGAGGGGGAAAAGGAAGAGGAGGGGGAAAAGGAAGAGGAGGGGGAAAAGGAAGAGGAGGGGGAAAAGGAAGAGGAGGGGGAAAAGGAAGAGGAGGGGGAAAAGGAAGAGGAGGGGGAAAAGGAAGAGGAGGGGGAAAAGGAAGAGGAGGGGGAAAAGGAAGAGGAGGGGGAAAAGGAAGAGGAGGGGGAAAAGGAAGAGGAGGGGGAAAAGGAAGAGGAGGGGGAAAAGGAAGAGGAGGGGGAAAAGGAAGAGGAGGGGGAAAAGGAAGAGGAGGGGGAAAAGGAAGAGGAGGGGGAAAAGGAAGAGGAGGGGGAAAAGGAAGAGGAGGGGGAAAAGGAAGAGGAGGGGGAAAAGGAAGAGGAGGGGGAAAAGGAAGAGGAGGGGGAAAAGGAAGAGGAGGGGGAAAAGGAAGAGGAGGGGAAAAGGAAGAGGAAGGGGAAAAGGAAGAGGAGGGGGAAAAGGAAGAGGAGGGGGAAAAGGAAGAGGAGGGGGAAAAGGAAGAGGAGGGGGAAAAGGAAGAGGAGGGGGAAAAGGAAGAGGAGGGGGAAAAGGAAGAGGAGGGGGAAAAGGAAGAGGAAGGGGAAAAGGAAGAGGAGGGGGAAAAGGAAGCGGAGGGGGAAAAGGAAGAGGAAGGGGAAAAGGAAGAGGAGGGGGAAAAGGAAGAGGAGGGGGAACAGCGAAGGGAGGGGGCGAAGGAGAAGGCUGGGUUGUGGCUUUUAGAAUUCGUAAACACAAAGCACA